UUGGCAAUGGGCGGGAGAGAAAGAGGCGACUCCUGUUUCCUUUUCUUUCUGCCAGCGCAAUCUCGGAUCAUUUUCUCUAAGCAAUACAAGUUCACGGACGAGCUACCUCGCCAUCCCUCCUCACCCGUCAUGGACUUCCCAGGCUGCUGCGCGCCGCCUGCCCUCUGAGGAGGCUCCUUCGCCCCGCGCGGAGGAGGAGGCGGCGGCGGCGAAGGAGGAGAAGGGGAGGAAAGCGCGGCCCCAGCCACCGCUGCCCAGCCGCCGUCCCGCAGAGCGCUGGCCGCAGGGAGCGGCGGCGGCAGCAGGCGCGCAGCCCCCUCCGCCUCCCCGCGGCCGCCCGGCCGCCCGGCGCGGCGGCGGCGAGCCGGCUCGGCGGCGGUCCGGCGGUGGGCAUGGGGCGGCGGCGGCGGGGGGCGCUGCCGGAGCCGGCGGGCGGCUGCUGCUGCUGCCUGGCGGCGGCGCUACCACUGCUGCUGCUGCUUCUGCCCGCCGGGUGCUCGGUGCGGGCACAGAACGACACGGAGCCCAUCGUCCUGGAGGGGAAGUGCCUGGUGGUGUGCGACUCCAGCCCCUCGGCCGACGGCGCCAUCACCUCCUCCCUGGGGAUCUCGGUGCGCUCGGGCAGCGCCAAGGUGGCCUUCUCGGCCACUCGCAGCACCAACCACGAGCCCUCCGAGAUGAGCAACCGCACCAUGACCAUCUACUUCGACCAGGUAUUAGUUAACAUUGGCAACCAUUUUGACCUUACUUCCAGUAUAUUUGUAGCACCAAGGAAAGGGAUCUAUAGUUUCAGUUUCCACGUGGUCAAGGUCUAUAACAGACAAACCAUCCAGGUGAGUUUAAUGCAAAACGGCUACCCAGUGAUUUCAGCUUUUGCAGGGGAUCAGGAUGUCACCAGAGAAGCAGCCAGCAACGGGGUCUUGCUCCACAUGGAAAGAGAAGACAAAGUGCAUCUCAAACUGGAAAGGGGCAACCUCAUGGGAGGGUGGAAAUACUCAACCUUUUCUGGCUUCUUAGUCUUUCCACUAUAAAAGAAAGCCGAAUGGGUGACAGAGCCGUGAGCCGGAGCAAGGAUUCAACCAUUCCUGACACCCUGAACUUGGCAGCAGAUGACAAUAUUUCCAGUCACCCCCCUCAAGACUGUCACGGUAGAAGGAAGAUCAUCUUCUCCACUCCCAACAUUUGCUUUGAGUAUUGACAAUUCCUCGGGAGCCUGCGCCUCUAAUUAGUUUUAGAUGACUGUGAUCUUUAGAAGACAUGAAACUAUCGACCUGAGCAAUUUGUACCUGUGAUUGUAAAGUCAAUUUUUGGAUUUUAUUGUUGGCAUCGUUGACUUUCUUCUAUUUUUAAUUUUUAUAUAUCCCCCCCUCCCCCAGU